AUGGCAAACCGAUCCGCGCCUGCUCCUCGUCCUGGUGGUGCCAAUAAGACCUGCCAAUUCAAACUGGUGUUGCUUGGCGAGAGUGCAGUUGGAAAAUCAUCACUGGUUUUACGUUUUGUCAAAGGCCAGUUCCACGAAUAUCAAGAGUCAACUAUCGGUGCUGCAUUUUUAACUCAAACG